UCAAUGUUAACACUCUGAACGUACCUCAGGCCACACUGCGCUCAGCCCGCAUGAUGGGCCGGUAUGCAUUUGGGGCCCGCCCACGUCCGUCUUCGUCAAUUGCAAGUCAUGAAUCUAUCCUUAGACUAUAAAUAAUCGACUAUUGCAACCCCGAGAAAAAUUGAGAUUUCUUCUCCGUCGUCAUCGAUUUAGGUAUGAAAGAAAAUAGGGUACAUAUAUGAUGAUAUCUAUUAACUAACGAUCCCCCUCUUCUUUCUCACUGAUAUUCAGAAAUCUCUAUCUUAUCCCUUAAAAAAGUAACUGGAAAAGUGAUCUCACUUACUUCAGCUGCUGCAGGAGUUAGAUCAUCGAAAAGAAAACAAAAAACAACUACGGUUGAAAAUGGCUCAAGAGUCACUGUCAGAAACCCCAGAUAUCUUGCCAGAUCCAUCUCUUUCGAGGAGCCUUUCUUUUAGCCGGCUCAACGCACAGGCACCGGAAUAUGUGCCCACUCGACCCACCGCACGGGCCGAUUUGCUACAGCCUAGGCUUAUAGUACCACCCCCGACGUCACCGUUCCAUUUACCGAUUCAAGGUCAUGUGCCAGUCGUCCAGGUCCAAAAUCACCAUCAUCUUACACAUCAGGUUCACUACCGGUCUCAUCAUCACCCGCAACAAUAUUAUGUUAGUUCUGAUUCUGGUCUGCAGCAAGUUCAGCAGUCUCAAGUUGACCCAGAUCACCCUCCUUCUUCCAAAACUAAGCUGUCCGAUGAAGCUGGUCAGAAAAUUUUGAAUCAGGUGGAGUAUUAUUUCAGUGAUUUAAACUUAGCUACUACUGAUCAUCUGAUGAGGUUCAUCAACAAAGAUCCAGAAGGUUUUGUGCCGAUAUCUGUUGUUGCAUCUUUCAAGAAGAUUAAGGCCCAUAUAACCAGUCACUCCCAACUUGCAACUGUUUUGAGGAACUCAUCAAAGCUUGUAGUUAGUGAAGAUGGAAAGAAAAUCAAACGCCAAUGUCCCCUCACUGAGUCUGAUAUAGAAGAGCUACAAUCUCGCAUUGUUGUCGCUGAGAACUUACCUGAGGAUCAUUGCCAUCAGAAUCUUAUGAAAGUUUUUUCAGCUGUUGGGAGUGUGAAGACUAUCCGUACCUGUCCACCUCAAACUACGAAUAGUGGGGCUUCAUCUGCUUCAAGAUUGGGAAAAGUUGAUGGCAUGCCUUUAUCAAACAAGUUGCAUGCAUUUAUUGAAUAUGAAUCUGUUGAGCUGGCUGAGAGAGCUGUUGCUGAGCUGAAUGAUGAGGGAAACUGGCGGAGUGGCCUCCGGGUUCGUCUAAUGCUUAGACGCGUGUCAAAACCUGCUCAAGGUCGGGGGAAAAAGGGGCUUGAUGUUGAAGUUGGCUGUGAGGAGGAUCACACUUCUGUGCCUGAGCUGCAGGCAGAUGAUAAACAAUUAGAAGAUGCUUCCAUUCCUGAGAUUCAGCCGCAUGAGCAUGUGGGAGAAGAGCAUGGUUAUGACAAAGAGAGUGGGCGGAGGAAAGGGCGUAGCAGGGGCCGGGCUAAGGGACGUGGUCGAGUUCAUUGUCAUCAAAAUAAUCGUGUGAAUCACUUGGGAACACCCUCUUCACAUAAUUCAAUUUUAACUGAUCAAGUCGUUGCCAAGCAACCUCCUGGGCCACGCAUGCCAGAUGGUACAAGAGGAUUUUCGAUGGGUCGGGGGAAGCCGAUAAGUGUUAAUAUUGUUUAAUCAAGCAUAAACAAGUAAUUGUGCUUGUAGCUGAUUAUGUCUGUCUGUGCAAGAACAGAGUGAUUGUGGCAGUACUAGUGUGAGGGCUGUCUGGCCGAGGCAAUUCUCGAUUAGUUAUUUUCCUUUUUUCCA